AUGGUUAGACAUAUUGAAGGUACAAUUGAUUAUGAAAAACGUAAUGAAGUUCUCAAUGAUAAUCAUAAAAUUCUUAUUUAUCUCGAUGAUAUGACAUUGACUGAUAUUGCGUCACAAGAUGGCUCUUAUGUUCGUAAAUUUCAUACGAUUUCAAAAUUGAUUUUAGAAAAUCAAAUUCGAACAUUUCCAAUAACGUUCGACAUGGAAUACGAUGAAAAAGAUGUAGAGAAAUCAUCAAACUAUUCAUUACGUGUACGUAUUGUAGCUGAUGGCAAAACACGAUUUAUAACCAGUUCAAGUGUUCCUGUGCUUACAAAAGGUUAUGGCGAUAUGGUUGACAUCAUGGUUGAAAAAAUUGAUUUAAUGUAA